UGAAGACGCGUCAAUACCGCUCUUUUUACUCACCAACAGAGAACGUUACAAAAAGGUGAAUACGAAACGGAAACCAAAUACAUUUGAACUAUGGACAAACGUCGGCAAGUAACUCGCGCAGGAACAACUCAAUUGGUUAAACGUGCAAAAUAUGACCACUCUGCAGUCGAAAAUGAUACCUCAAGCAAUUUACAGAUGCUAGGACACACGGACGAAGUCUUAGUUGUCCGUUUUAGUCCAAGCGGAUCCUAUUUUGCAUCAGCCGGUGUAGAUAAACAAUUGUUCUUGUGGGACGUGGACCAUGGAUGCUCAAAUUUUGGAUUAAUCAAAGGAUCAAAAGGUGCUAUUCUAGACUUGCAAUGGAGCAGAGACUCUUCCAGCGUUUACACGUGUGGUUCUGAUUAUAUUGUUUCUACUUGGGAUGUGAACACGGGCAAAAGAGCUUGCAAGCAUGUCGGUCAUACAGACAUUGUAAACGCAAUUGACGUUUUGCGUGUCGGAAACGAGAUUAUAGCAUCUGUCGGUGAUGACUGUUCACUUAAACUCUGGGACGCACGAGAAAAAAAAGAAGCCCAAAACAUCAAACAAAAAUACCCACUCACAGCUGUUGCCGUGUCCAAGCAAGGAUCAACAGUUUUUACAGGUGAUGUUUCUGGACAAAUUGUGGCAUGGGAUUUACGUUCUUCUCAGCCCUUGUACACGUUGAAUGAUUCCUCAGAUAUAAUUACAAGCUUGGCGAUAUCCCCCGAUGGUACACGGCUCCUCUCAAACUCUCGGGAUAGUAUCGUUCGUACCUUUAACAUCCAACCCUUUGCUCCGGCUACUCGUUUAUUGAACACGGCUACAGGCGCUAUGCAAGGUCACGAACACUGCCUGACAGGAGCAGCUUGGAACCACGACGCUUCCCUCAUUGCUUCUGGCAGUGCAGACCGCUCUGUUUAUGUUUGGGAUGACGAAGGACAAUUAAAAUACCAGCUUCCUGGUCACGAAGGCUCUGUAACACACGUUGACUUUCAUCCCCAAAGAAAUGCCAUAUUGUCCUGUUCCACAGACAAAACUAUUCUUCUUGGAGAAUUACAAUAA